UAAUAAUUACAAUUAUGAUCCCCAUGGGAAGAAGCAGAGGAGAAUAAACACCAGGCGAGAUCCGAUCUCCACUUUCCCCUCCCCUCGAUUUGCUGAUCCCUACUUCGAUUCCCAGCCCCAGCUCGUCGAUCGGGAUCUUCGGGGUCGCGUUCUGGGCACUGGAGAAAAGGAUUAGCUAGGCGCUAGCUCCAGAUGGUUUAGCUGCUGAUCUACUCGAGGAGAGGAAUAUAAAUAUAGUUGGCUAUGGGAGCUAGCAUCUCUAAAUCACGGCCCUGUUGCUGUCGCUCGCAGUUCAAGGGGACUGUUCUUGAAGCUCCGGAUGUAGAGGGUGAGGAGAAAGGUGAGGCGUAUGAUCUGCCGCAUUUCCGGGAGUUUUCUUUCGAACAGCUGAGAUUGGCUACAUCUGGUUUUGCCGUUGAAAACAUUGUCUCGGAGCAUGGCGAGAAGGCACCGAACGUUAUUUACAAGGGGAAGUUGGAUGCACAGAGGAGGAUUGCGGUGAAGAGAUUUAACAGAUCAGCUUGGCCUGAUCCGAGCCAAUUCUCGGAAGAAGCAAGAGCUGUUGGCCAGCUUCGAAACCACAGAUUGGCAAAUUUGCUUGGCUUCUGUUAUGAAGGCAAUGAGAGGCUUCUUGUGGCAGAAUAUAUGCCCAAUGAAACGCUUGCAAAGCACCUUUUCCACUGGGAAUCACAACCAAUGAAGUGGGCUAUGCGACUAAGAGUGGUUCUCUACUUGGCUGAGGCCUUAGAAUAUUGCACCAGUAAGGGCCGUGCACUCUAUCAUGAUCUUAAUGCCUACAGAGUUUUAUUUGACGAAAGCUGUAAUCCGAGACUAUCAUGUUUUGGCCUGAUGAAGAACAGCCGAGAUGGCAAGAGUUAUAGUACUAAUUUAGCAUUUACACCUCCAGAAUAUUUGAGAACUGGAAGGGUUACACCAGAAAGUGUCAUAUAUAGCUUUGGAACUUUGCUCCUUGAUGUUCUAAGUGGAAAGCACAUCCCUCCUAGCCAUGCCCUUGACUUGAUACGAGGUCGCGAUUUCAAUAUGUUGACAGACUUUUGUUUGGAAGGGCAAUUCUCUGAUGAAGAUGGGACUGAAUUUGUACGCUUGGCUUCAAGGUGCCUACAAUAUGAACAACGUGAACGCCCCAAUGUGAAGUCAAUAAUACAUGCGUUGACUCCACUCCAGAAGGAAACUGAAGUUCCCUCUUAUGUUUUGAUGGACAUCCCUUGUGGUGGUGCAUCCUCAAUAGAGUCGCUUUCACUUUCUCCCCUGGGCGAAGCUUGUUCCAGAAUGGAUUUGACUGCAAUUCAUGAAAUAAUGGAAGCAGUUGGAUACAAAGAUGACGAAGGGACCGCCAAUGAGUUGUCAUUUCAAAUGUGGACCAAUCAAAUGCAAGAAACACUCAACUCGAAAAAGAAGGGUGAUACCGCUUUUCGGCACAAGGAUUUUAAUACAGCGAUUGAGUGCUAUACACAGUUUAUUGAUGUCGGGACGAUGGUUUCACCAACAGUUUUUGCACGCCGUUGCUUAUCAUAUCUGAUGAAUGAAAUGCCCCAGGAAGCUCUUAACGAUGCAACGCAGGCACUAGUUAUAUCACCUAUAUGGCCAAGUGCUUUGUAUCUUCAGGCUGCUGCCCUUUUGACUCUUGGGAUGGAGAAAGAAGCUCGAGAAGCACUCAGAGAUGGUUCUUUGCUGGAAGCGAAAGGAAAUGGGGCGCAUUAAAGUCGACUAAAUAUCCACAAACAUCAAAUCCCCUAAGAAUACAGAUCAAUGCCCCAUGAAAAUGGACUGUAUCUUUUAAAGACACUAUUUCGAAUGUCAAGAGGUUUUGCCAUUAUUAUCAGUAGGCAUGAUUCUUUGAUGGCCCCAGUGUUCCAGAGUUGCCCCACAUUCUUACGAUUGAGGUUUAGGCUGGACCAUAUUUAGUGAUUUUUGAGUUGUUUUUUUUAAAAAUCUUUUUGAAGUUAAGUCAUAACCCUUCCAAUUUCUAUUGUAAUUAUUUAUAUAUGGGGAAUCAACCCGAAAGCUUUGUGGAAGACAGAAUGGGUUAAGUUUGUUGCUUCCCCUAUGUGAAUGUCCAACUAAAUGUUUUAAUUAUUGUGUGGCUUUGCUGUCUUUUCUAC